AUGGCGCCGAGACGGAAGGAAGAGCUGCAACUGCUCCUCAAGGUAUUCAUUCUGAGUGUGUAUUGCUGGGGGAACUGCUCGCCGUCUCAUGCUCCCUGUUGUGCUUGCUGUUCCUCAACAUGCACUGUCUGUGCCUCAUUCUCAUCUGUGUGCUCAUGAAGGAGGCCCACAGGGUUCGUUCAGAGGUCGAUGCGUUGACAUGCCGGCUGGCGGCGCUCGAGAAGGGCGGAGUGAGCGAGGUGGACCGGGACAGAAUGGAGCAGACCAUCACUGUCAUGAAACAGGUGGGUGCACAUACAUAAUGAACGCAUGUGAGACAAUCUAUCUGCCUCCACUCGGGGAGAGCCAUACUGAGCGUGGUUGUCUCCGCCUGUUGGUUGGUAUGCUGCACUGCAGCAGCUGCAGGUGCACACCGUGUUGAUCAACGACGUCAAGCAGCAGCUCGACGACCUCAAGGCGCGCACAGAGGAAGACGCCCAGCACAAGGAGGCCCGGGCAGAGAUCAGGAGGUCGGCCCCCAACCUACCACCCAUCCACAACGAUGCACGGAGGCUGCGUCAUUGUCUCUGUCUUCAGAUUGCGCAACGAGAUGAAGGGUCUGAGUGAGGUGCAGAGCCUUUUUGAGGCCACACGGGUUUCCGAGGGCCGAGAAGCCGAGCGCCAGAUGGCCAGAGUGGUCAAGGACAUGGAGGCCAUGCAGGCAGAGAUGGGGCAGCUCAAAGGCCUUAAGGUCGGCCAGGCAGGGGGGCUAGGAUAACACACACAUCCGUGAUACUGGUUGCUUGCGUGGCAUGGAUCAAGCAGGCCGAGAUGGCCUCCCUGCGUCAGGAGAUGGGCGACUUGUCUCGUGCUCACGCCAAGGUCGACACCGACGUCAUGGCCUUGCAAGGCGGGCUGCAGCAGCUGCAGAUGCACUGUGGACAGAUACAGCAGAUACUCACACAAAUCAAGGCGCUGCAGGUACCCCCCCACCCCCACCCCCCCAGGAAGACACACAAACACCUCGGUUGAUUGGUCGCUUCGUUCCUUCCUUCUUCAGGCGUCGCUGGACAGUCAGGGGGCCCGCGUGUCGACUGUCAGUGACAGCGUUGCAGACGUCAAGCAGAUCACCAGCAGGCUGGCGCAGAAGCUGGACGGCCUAUGGUCGAGCCACGAGAGAGAUCACAGCGCACUCGAGGACCUCAGGAGGGACGUCAGGCACCUGCAGCAGGCACACGAGGAGCUCCAGAGACAAGUAUAUAUAUGAGCGGGCACUUCACACACAUCUGUCUGUCUACCGUGGUGGUUCUUCGUCUGUCUGUAUGUGUGUGUAUGCAGCAGCAGGAGGCGGGAAAUGGUGGCCGGCAGGAAGGGGCUGCUGGUGCAGCAGAGGACAUGCUUGGCAGAUGCAUGCAGCAGAUCCACAAGCUCUCCCUCUCCGUCACACAGCUGCAAGUGCGCAAACCAUUCCAAAGUAAUGAAAAGCCCAUAUGGACGGCUCUCUGCCUGCCUCAGGGCAAGAUCCACCGCCACUUCGAGGCAACAUCGUCCCACCGGUCCCCUUCUCUCGAGACGGAAGGCCGCCCCCCAGCCAUCCCCGAGUGUGACGAGCUGUACGACUGCUCGCUGCCGCUGCCCCCGCCCGCUCUGUCUGCCACUGCGACCCACAAGCAGAUGACAACACAGACGUCCCCCAGGCUGGCUGCAAUGCUCGAGGGCGAGAGCAAGAGGGAGAAAGUGGGUGAGAGGAGAAGGUCGUCGCCUGACACCAAGGAAAGGUGAGUGAGUCGAGGGAAGGAGGAGCCACGCAUUGCAUUGACGGGAGAGAUCUCGUGUGUUGUGUUGUUGUGUAUGUGUGACGUGUAGUCGGACGAUCAAGCGGGCGUGGGGCUUUCUCAAUCCGACACCCGCAACAACCACCGCGUCAGUCGUCACCCUCAACGACAUUGGUGCAGCCAGCACGGACAACUAACACAGAACACAUGCACACAGCUCGUCACAUAUAUCACCUUUCCUCUGUUUCUGUCCCGCCAGACCGUCACUCUGACGACAGCCACUACCGCACCUCAUACCGCACCUCACACGCCUCACACACGACCUCACUGGACAACAGCGCCAUUGUGCCGGUUGAAAGGCGAGCCCACUCGCCACUCAACAGGGCGGCACGAGCCACCGUGGCCGCGGCGGGGGCACAGCUGAGGGGCAUCGGCAGCCUCGGAUUCACCAUGGUACGUGGACACUCAGAGAGAGAGAAAAGAGAGAGAGACGGACAGGCAGACACACGGUGACAUGCAAGCGCAAUGUCUGUCUGUCCUUGUGUGUGUCUGCCUCACUCUCUCAGGUUGCUCGUCGGCUGGAGGCGAUGGUGAGCGGCGGCCAUGGCGAGUCGGACACCGUGAGUGAGAGCAGCAAGGCGCACAGCGAGGGGGGCCGCAAGAAGGAGAAGCGGGUAAGCAAGAAGAGCAAACGGGCCAGUGGAGGAGGACAAGACGGGUGA